AGUGCAGUGUGCGCGGAGCGGAGCCGCGGGGAGGAAGACAACAGCGAACAAAAACACAAUGGCGACGGCGACCACAGCGGCGAGCGGAGCGGCUUCAGGCGGACCCGCCACCGGCCCGGUCAGCGGGGGGACGGCGGUGGGGAGGAAGAAGGAUGGCGGCCCCUCGUCCAAAUUUUGGGAAAGUUCAGAGACCGUAUCCCAGCUGGAGACGGUUCGGCUUUGGAUCGGAAAGCACUACAAGAAGUAUGUCCAGAACGAUUCUCCCUCCAGUAAAUCCUUGGCCGGGCUCGUGGUUCAGCUGCUGCAGUUUCAGGAGGAUGCAUUUGGCCGUCGAGUCAACAACCCAGCGCUCACAAAGCUACCUGCAAAAUGUUUCAUGGAUUUUAAGGCCGGAGGGGCUCUGUGUCACAUCCUGGGGUCUGUGUACAAGUUCAAAAGCGAACAGGGAUGGCGUCGCUUUGACCUUCAGAAUCCCUCUCGAAUGGACCGCAAUGUGGAAAUGUUUUUAAAUGUCGAGAAGAACUUGGUACAGAACAACUGUUUGACCAGACCCAACGUCUUCCUGUCACCUGAGAUUGAGCAGAAACAAGCGAGUAAGCUCAAAGACAUCAUCAAGAGGCACCAGGGCUCCAUUACUGAUGACAAGUCAAAAGCCACUCACCUCAUAUACCCCUCUCCUCCUCAACAAGAAGAAGAGGAGUGGCUGCGUCCAGUUCUGAAGAAAGACAAGCAGAUGCUGGUGCACUGGGGUGGCUUCCCAGACAGUUAUGACACCUGGAUGUCGGCUAAUGAGGUGGACGGAGAUGUUGAGGAUCCCCCAAGUACUGACCGACCAUGGAAGGUCCAUGCCAAGUGGGUGCUGGACACAGACGCCUUUAACGAGUGGAUGAAUGAGGAGGACUACGAGAUGGACGACAACAAGAGGCCAGUUAGCUUCCGCCAGAGGAUCUUCCCCAAAGAGGAGGAGUCUUCCCGUACGCCUGAUCGCAAGGAGCGCAAGGCCAACUCUGCGGGGAAGAAGAGGAGGCGCUCGCCCUCGCCCCCCAGCACGCCCGCCGAGUCCCGCAAGAAGGGAGGCAAGAAGGGGAAUCCGGGGCCUCAUUGGAAGCGGCGGGGCCAGCGUGGAGAAGAGGAUGACACUGAGGAGGACCUGACCAAAGACCUGGACGACUCCUCUGCAGGGGCCAGUGUGGACGAGGGAAUGUCCAAGAACUCAAAUUCAAAGAAGGAUGACAACGCCCCAAUGAAAGGUGAUUUGGACGACAUGGAAGAAGACUCCAUGAUGUCAGGUGGAAAGGAUGACGAGGAGCAGGGUAAAGGUGAAACCAACCGCCUCCUGGACUCCGGAGAGGACAACGUGACUGAACAAACCCACCACAUCAUCGUCCCCAGCUAUGGAGCCUGGUUCGACUAUAACUGUAUCCAUGAGAUUGAGAGAAGAGCCCUUCCCGAGUUCUUCAAUGGCAAAAAUAAGUCUAAAACCCCAGAGAUAUACCUGGCCUAUCGUAACUUCAUGAUCGACACAUACCGAUUAAACCCCCAGGAGUACCUCACCUCCACCUCAUGCCGCAGGAACCUCACCGGAGACGUGUGUGCCAUCAUGAGGGUCCAUGCGUUUCUGGAGCAGUGGGGUUUGGUGAACUACCAGGUGGAUUCUGAGAGCCGGCCCCUUCCCAUGGGACCUCCCCCCACCCCUCACUUCACUGUGCUAGCAGACACCCCCUCCGGACUCAUGCCUCUCAACCACCGACCCCCAACGAUUCCUCCUGUUCAGCCCAUUUCAAACUUUGGAGACAAAGGAAAGGAAAAGAUUGACCUGCAGAACUUCAAUCUUCGCUCGGACCUCUACGCCAAAAAACCCCCAAAGAGCAAAGGAAGCACCACCACCAGAGAAUGGACUGAGCAGGAGACACUGCUACUUCUGGAGGCUCUGGAGAUGUACAAAGACGACUGGAACAAGGUGUCAGAGCACGUGGGCUCCAGAACCCAGGAUGAGUGUAUCCUGCAUUUCCUUCGCCUCCCCAUAGAGGACCCGUACCUGGAGAGCACCGAGAGCUCCCUGGGACCCCUGGCCUAUCAGCCCAUCCCCUUCAGCCAGUCUGGGAACCCAGUCAUGAGCACCGUGGCUUUCCUGGCCUCAGUGGUUGACCCCCGAGUGGCCUCGGCUGCAGCGAGGGCUGCCCUUGAGGAGUUUUCCCGCGUGCGUGAGGAGGUGCCCGCAGACAUCCUGGAAGCCCAUGUGAAGAAGGUGCAGGAGGCAGCCCGGAACACCGGCAAACUAGACCCUACGUUUGGCCUAGAGACGAGCGGCAUUGCAGGGACGGACCCCGAGGAGCCUGAAAAGACUGAAACUUCCGAGGGAGAGAAAAUGGACACGGACACAGACUCCCAGCAGGGCGACAAGGCUGAGUCAAAGGAGGAGGCAGAGAAGCCCAAUGAGUCUGCAGAGAAACCAGAGAAAACGGAAAACACCGACAAAGUGAAGAAAGAGGGAGCAGAGGCAGCAGAGUCCUCAGAGAAGGAGGAUGACGAGCCUGAAGAGGAGCAGGACAAGGAGUCUGCAGCAGACAAGGAGAAGGAGGACGCCAUGGAGACCUCCUCUGAGACGGAAAAGGACAAAGAGGAUAAAGGUGCUUCAGAUGAGGCCGAGGAGAGGAGGAAGAAGCUGGUGCACGACAUCGGAGAGGGCAACAUUGCCACCGCUGCUGCCGCUGCACUGGCCUCUGCUGCCACUAAAGCCAAGCAUUUGGCAGCAGUGGAGGAGAGGAAGAUCAAGUCUCUGGUGGCUCUGCUGGUGGAGACGCAGAUGAAAAAGCUGGAGAUCAAACUGAGGCACUUCGAAGAGCUGGAGACCAUCAUGGACCGGGAGAAGGAGGCGUUGGAGCUGCAGAGGCAGCAGCUGCUCACCGAGCGCCAGGCCUUCCACAUGGAGCAGCUCAAGUACGCUGAGAUGAAGGCCCGCCAGCAGAUGGAGCAGGCUGCAGCCGCCGCAGCUGCUGCUCAGGCACAGGGCCAAGGCCCUCCACAAGGGCCCGGACCUCACCCAGGACCUCACCCAGGACCUCACCCUGGUCAGCACCCAGGACCACACCCCGGACCCCAUCCUGGACCCCCUCCUCCAGGCAUGCAUCCAGGAGGACCCCCACAACAUCAUGGAGGGCCCCCACCUCAUCAUGGGGCACCCCCACCCCACCACGGAGGUCCCCCUCCAGGUGCAGCCAUGCACCCAGGAUAUCCUCCAAUGGGACACCACCCAAUGGCACCCCAUCAUCCUGGGCAGACGGGCCCAAUGGGACCAGGCCAGCCAAUGCCAGGCAGGAUGAUGGCUGGGCCUCCCUCUGCUGGACCUCCUCCUGGAGGUAUGCCUCCUAUGAUGCCUCCUCGCCACCCUGGAGCUCCCAAUGGCAUGUACCCUGGCCCUCCACCUGCGCAGCCUGAUGCCAUGCCAGUAGCUCCAGUGGGGCCCCCUGCGGCCCCUGGUGGAAGAGUGGCUGACAACUAAUGGCCCCACACUAGAAGCACACGUCCUGAACAUGUUGUCGCUUUGUUGCCCUUUGCUACUAGCUCAAGAAUUCUGUGAACUCUUCUAACAGGACACAAACAAAGACUGACCCAACAUUGUCCACACUCACGCAGCAGCUGUCUCCGGGGCCCCAGCACAGGCUGGGCUCUAGUAUUACACUGUUUGUGCUUUGGGCCAGUGGGAGGCGGUGGGAAUGACUGUAAACAUUAGUAAUAGUGAUAGUUGGCCGAACAGAUUUCUGAUAGACACUGUUGAUGGGUCCUUGACACCCUUUCUCUCCUGUGAGUGGAGCCUGAUACUGGAGCUGAACGUCAGCCUCACACAUGCACAAAGAGGAUCUAGCCUUCCCUCGCUCUCGUCCUGUUGAGUAUCUACCUCUCGCUCCUAAGUAAUACACUGUAGAUGUGUGUGUGAGGUGCUCCUCCAAAACCACUGCUAGACCCAACUUUGAUAUAAUGUGCUUCAUCCUGUUAAAACUAGCUUCAAUGUCAAGUGUGAGCCAGAGGUUUAGGGCUGUGUUGUUAGAAUGACGCUGAAUUGGAUGCAAAAGUGGUCAGUGUAGGUUCACUGCACUUGUAAAGUUACUGGUAUCUUUGAAUUGCAAACACGGGUCAUAAUUCUAACAGCAAGGUUUAGCAUAAUAAGUUUCCUUCCUUCCUAGCACAAUCUUAACACUUUGCUUUCGUUAAUCAAAGAAACAGCUGCUUCAAGGCUGUGUGCACAAAUUGACCAGAUCCUGCCACAAAGCUCUGGUUGUGCUGUACAUGCACCCAUGCAUUUAAUCUCCUUCUGAUCCACACACAGCCUUUACAUUAAGAGGCGCGGUCAUGAGGCCAUCCCAAGGUCAUCUGCGUUUUUAGCCUAGCAGACUUUAGCUGUUUCUAGGUGCUGAUACUGUAGCCACAAAACUGUUUUAUAUGUCCAUCUCCUGCUGCCUACCUCUGACUAGGGUUGUCAAAAGUAUCAAAGAUCAGAUACUAAUCGAUACCAAAACUAGAUAUCAUUUCAACACGUAUCAUUACUAAAAAUGUUAGAGGACAACCAGUCUUAUACUAGUUUUGAUAAAGCUAAUAUAAGACCACAUGGUAAUUAUUUUGUGUUGAAAAUUAUUCUGUUGUCUAAAAAAAGAGCCUUAUCUGUAUCAAACCAAAUCCUUAGUAUCAUGACAACAUUACUUCUGACCCACACUUGACAUGGCCACCUGCUGUUACGUUCUAUACAAAAGCAAUAGUGUCAUCCUUGUGGUCUCUUCACAAAAACAUUCUGUAAUGAUCCCGAACGUCGACUCAUGCAGAACCGUUUUUAUUGAUUCUAGAAGUGUCUUUGACUAUUCCUCAGACAAGGCAGUUCAGUGGUCUUGAGCAGGCACAGCUCUUGUCUCCCGUCGCUAGCACUGUUAGCCUCUGCUACCUCCUCCUCCACGCUCACCCGCUAGCUAGCUACCUCUUCUAGAAAUCUUCCUCUCGCUCUCUUGCUACCUCUGCGUGCCCCCUCUCCGCUACCUCUUGUUUCCUCGUCUUUUCUUUAGUUUUCCUCUCCUUCAAGUGCCCAUGUGACUGCUGCAACACUCACCACUGCCCCCAGUGUGUCGGAGACUACACUACAGUCAUUCACUCACAUCCACUGUGCCCUUUCUCUCCCAGUCGUCAUCAGGCUCGUCACCUCCUGAAUAUAACGGGGAUUUCCUUAUAACAUAUAUUAUCUUAAUUUUGUGUUGAUGGUAAUGUAUUUUUAAGAAGAAUUGUGUAGAUGGAAGUUAUCUGUUUAAAAGUUUGUAGAUUUUUCUUUCUUUUUUAUUUUGUAUGGGGGUCUGUUGGUACUUGGAUCUUGGACACUGUCAAAUAAACUGUGUUUUAUAUGA